GAAAGACGUCAGUUGAAAUUGCGGGCAGCAGCUUUCUGCCAAUUCUAGACGAUGACCCUUGACCUGGAUGAAUGCAUCGAACGCCUUUAUAAGAAUCAGCCGCUUGCCGAGCCUGUUCUUAGGGAGAUCUGCGAGCGGACGAAGGAAGUCUUGAUGAAGGAGAGCAAUGUCGUUCACAUACAAGCACCAGUAACAGUUGUCGGUGACAUCCAUGGUCAAUUCUAUGAUCUGAUAGAGAUCUUCAAGAUUGGAGGAUACGCACCACAUACAAACUACCUGUUUCUAGGGGAUUAUGUCGACCGCGGACUGUUCAGCGUCGAGACAAUCUCGCUAUUGACAUGUCUGAAGCUACGCUAUCCUGAUAGAGUAAACCUUAUCCGCGGCAACCAUGAGUCAAGAGGUGUUACGCAGUCAUAUGGGUUUUAUGCCGAAUGCAUCCGAAAGUAUGGCAGCGCGAAUGUCUGGCAUUACUUCACAGACAUGUUUGACUUUCUGACGUUGUCUGUUGUCAUUGACAAUCAGAUUUUCUGUGUACAUGGAGGAUUAUCACCAUCUAUUCAUUCGAUUGAUCAGAUUAAGAUCAUUGAUCGCUUCAGAGAAGUUCCGCAUGAGGGACCUAUGGCAGAUUUAGUAUGGUCAGAUCCUGAUCCUGACAAAGAUGAGUUUUCAAUUUCACCACGUGGAGCGGGUUAUACAUUUGGCGCACAAGUGGUGAAGAAGUUCCUUCACGUUAACAAGAUGGUCCACAUCCUUCGCGCACAUCAGUUAUGUCAGGAAGGGUAUCAAGUGUUAUACGAUGAUCAAUUAUCAACAGUAUGGUCGGCGCCGAAUUACUGCUAUCGAUGCGGUAAUAUGGCGUCGGUUUUGGAGGUGAACGAGCACGGAGAGCGAUUCUUCAACGUAUUCGACGCAGCGCCAGAAAACGAGCAUGAUGGGCCUGCGCAGCAGAAUCUACCGAACAAGCAAACCAUCGAAUACUUUUUGUGAUCACAGUUAUACCCUUGCAUGAAUGCUUGAACAGCAUAGUGGAACACGGAAAUUAAGGAUAACAGGCGUUUUGUGUCGG